UGAUGAUGAUGAUUGAUGAUGAAAUAUCUUUAGCUUUAUUAUCAAUCAUUAAAAAAUAGCCGUGUUGUCUUCUUCUGAAACGAAGCGCGUGACAGAGUGUGCUUAAAUCUGGGUAAUAUCUGGUGGCUGUUGACUUUUUCUUUGGUUUUAGUGAUUGAAACCUAUCUAAAUAAAUGUCUGGUCAGCUUUGCAGCUAACGUUGGCUAACAGUCUGUUUUGGCAGACAAUAAUGUCGCUACUCCCGCAGCAGUUAAACUGAAACCGUGUCUUUGGCUUAUAUCGCUUGGUAAUGUUCACACAAACCUGUACUUCUAUAAUCAGUGUCAGACUGUUUUUGUUUUUGUGUGGUCUUAUGGAGGUAUGACAUUGGAAUGAAUAUCAUUUUGUGUAUGUGUGUGUAUGCGCGUGCGUGUGUGCAUUCGCCCGAAAGGUUUUGUCUUAGUACCUCCAUCAAGAAACUUUGCGGGCAGCUGGACUGAAAUACGAGUUCCCAAAAGUCAUCAGGUGAUGGUCAGCUUUAUACAUCACAUCUUACCUUGUUCGUACGGCGCUGUUCAAUUAUUUAUGGGUGGAAACUCCAGCAAAGAUAUGAUAUUCAGCAUCUGUAACAGCAGCCCGACGCGUCCGCCUAGCCUGCAUAUUGCUGAUGUGAUGUACCUACAUAUUUCUUGGAAAAUGUCUGCGCCACUUCCUGGAUUCAGGCUUUUGUUUUCCUUUCACCCAGAAGACUCUCUAAUAAAACAGAUGCCAGACGGGAGAUGGAACUGCUCCGUGCAGCACUGGUCCGACUACCGCCAGCACUUCCCGUGUAACCUGGUGACUGAGUGCGUGGGCGGCGAGGACGAGGCUGAGUGUCCGUACACCAGUGACGUGUGUGGUCAGGGCUUGCUGUGGACAGGCAUCAGCUGUAUGCAGUACAUCUCCGUGCCACGAUCGGUGACUUGGAUGGAAGCGCAAAACACUUGCUUGUCACGUGGUAUGCUGCUGGCAACCAUGAAAACGCCACCAGAGUGGAGAGCAUUUAGAAGUCUUUUAAAUUUUCGUCCAAAUGACACUGUCUACCUUGGAUAUCGAUAUGUACCCUAUGGCCUUUACAUGUAUCAGCAGACGGCGGUAUCGGCAGACGGCGCUGCUGCCUACUGGCUACCUUUAGAUCUCUGUUUCAAUCGAAAGGAAUCGUGUGGCUUUUAUUCAUUCACUAAAAGCCGCUAUAUUUUUAUGACCUAUUGCUACAGACAAAUUAUCGACAAGUUCCCAUGUGAGAUAGCAUCUGAUUCUUCUUUUCAAAAAGUAGAAAUGCCUCGGCCAGCGUCAGACAUCUGGAAAAAAAAUCAUGUGACCUGCCCAUCACAGCACGUGACGCACACGUUCCUGGCGUGUGACGUUAGAAGCGACUGUUGGGAGGAGCGGUACGACACCUUGUGGUCCUGCAGCGCGCCGGUCGUGCCGGUCCCCCCGGCCUUCACGUGCGACAGCGGCGCCGAACGCGUGCCCUACACCUUGGUGUGUGACCACCGCGCCGACUGCUCCGACCGCAGUGACGAGGACUUUUGCCAGUUUCCACCUUGUAAUGUUGACGACUUCCACUGUGAUAAUGGUCAGUGUAUAUUGCAGAGCCAGAAAUGUGACCAUCAUCCCCAGUGUUACGACCAAACAGAUGAAAAGUUUUGUUCCUUUGAGCUGUAUAAACUCAUACCAGAGACCUCCGCACCUCCUGGACUGGUUGAGAUAAAUAACAUCGGCCUGUUUAAGGUCAAACCGUUAAACAAAACUUCUUCCUGUCCAGAGACUCAUUUCCAGUGUCCUAAUGGGUACUGUGUCCCUGUGUAUGUCCGUUGCAACGGUGUAUUCGACUGUCCCGGGAAAGGGGACGAAGCUGACUGCGACACCUACACCUGUCCCGGCUACUACCGUUGUCGCGCCUCGCGCGUGUGUGUGCACGCUGACCACAUGUGUGACAGCUGGCCGCAGUGUCCGCAGGCAGACGAUGAACUGUUGUGUAACCUGACUUGUCCUGACACCUGUGUGUGUCACGGCCUGGCCUUCACCUGCACAGACAGCUUCCCCGCACACCAGUAUCUCGACCUGAAGUUUCUCGACGCCCGUGGCUCGGUCAUGACCUUUAGUGACGUGAGCGACAACACGAUGCUGAUCCACCUCAGUCUGGCCCAGUGUGGCCUCACGCAUGCGCCGAGCGUGGGGUUCCCCAACCUGCGCUCACUGGAUCUGAGCAACAAUCUUCUUCACUUUAUAAGCAGUGACUUACUGGAUAAGCUGCCCAGACUGGAGACCUUGUCCCUCGCGGACAACCCUCUCACGUCCCUGCUUCCUACAGGACCCACACCCACUGUGUACUCAACUCUACAUGCUCUUGACCUUUCCGGCGUGAAGAUGCCUGAGCUGAACGACUCCAUCUCCAAGACUUUCCCUAACAUCAGACAUUUAAACUUGACAAACGCGCAAGUAGAGCGUGUUACAGACGACAGUCUGUUGCUGCUGACACAGUUACAAACACUUGACCUGAGAGGAUGUCCCCUGUCAUCAUUCUCGUCACGUGUGUUCAGACCUUUGAGCAAGCUUCAUGCUGUGUACGCCGACACUUACAGGAUGUGCUGUCCAGCCAACCUUCCUGAAAACUUUGACCUCAAUCAGUGUGUGUCGCCACCAGACAGAAUUUCCUCUUGCGAUUCUCUUCUGGGCUCGACUGUGCUUCGAGCAAGUGUGUCCGUCUACACCAUUGUUGCUGUGACUGGAAACACACUCAUCUUGCUGCACCACACCUACAUAAGGAAAGUAGACAUGGCUGUGUGCUUUAACAUGCUGCUAAUACAUCUGUGUGUGGCUGAUCUUAUGAUGGGCAUGUACUUGACGAUAAUUAGUGUUGCUGACCAGGCCUUCCUCGGCCACUACCUGUGGUUGGACGUGGCUUGGAGAAAUGGCGCUGCCUGCAGGUUGGCCGGGUUCCUGGCUGUUCUUUCCAGACAAGCCUCAGCUUUUAUUGUCUGCCUCAUUACUCUAGAUCGUUUACUCGCUAUUGUGUUUCCGGUCAGUUCUGCUCGAUUUUGCCGGAGUGCGGGCUGGAUGGUGUGUACAAUGAGCUGGGUGGCAGGACUGUGUGUUGCUAGUUUAUCUGUGUUACAAGCCCCGUCAUCCGACACCAUGUACAGUCAGAGUGGACUCUGCAUCCCGCUACCUACAGAUACGUUAGACAACUGGAAGGAAAUCGUCGCUCUUAAAGUCGUAUUUGUUUUUAAUCUUCUUCUUGUCCUCUUAAUCGUUUUUGGCAAUGUUUUCAUAUUCUGGACACUUUUCUCCACAAACUUGCUGUUUUCAGACACUAGACCAAAGUCGAGAGAACUGAUCAUCGCGAGGAGAGUUAACCUCCUUGAUGCAGUGGAUGCUACUUGUUGGUGUAUAAACUUGUUUGGACUUUUACCUUUUCUUUCCAGUAAUGUUGGAGUCAACCUGAUUAUUUUUGUCUUGCCUCUACCUUCUGUUCUCAACCCCCUCUUGUAUUCUUACAGUUUUAUUUCAGAAUAUAUGCAGCAGAAGAGAGAAGAAGAACUGAGAAAAUGGCUUCAGUUAGAAAGUAGGCAAAAAGAUUUAGGCAGAAAAACAUGUCGCAAGAAAUGUUCAAACUCAAGUGGAAUUGAUUAUCAAUAAGAAACUUUUAUUUUGCUUGACUACUUGUUCUCCUUUUAUUUUGGCAUAGCAGGAGCUGACGGUAUUUCACCUGGCUGAAUUCUGCAGAACAAAGGCCUACUCGUCUCCUGCCGACUUGUUUAAAUUACUGUGGAUGCAGACAACAUUGAUAUUUUUUGGUAGGACAGUGGAAAUGUUGGACCGGCUCAGGACGAUCAGAUUUUGUAUUUGCAGACCGUUCUUUCAAUCGCAUUUCCUUGUCAGCUUAAACUCAGUAGUCACUUAUUAUCAGAAUUUCAAACAACUGUAACACAAUAACAUUUAAAGCAAGAAGUUGGCUACAUCAGUAUGCGGAGAGCUCAUUAUUUAUCUUAAAACUGUUCAUAAAGAUUUACGAUCCUUGUGUCAGUUUAUCUAGACAAUAUUUACAUAAAAUGCUUUUAGAGAUGGAGAUAAACGUAAAUUAUGUUUUUGGACAUUUUCGGUUUUAACAAAAACGAAAUUGCUUGCAACAUGAAUAUCUAUAAAUGCCAGUGUAAAUACACCUUGAGCAUUGUAAGUGAAAAAAAAAGAUCUCUAAGCCGUUUCAUAAGUUACAGUGUAUGUGUUUAUUUAUAUAUAUAUAUCUGUGUAUUUUGUAUUAUUGUAAAGCAAAGCAAUUAAUGCAUUUAGUGCACUACUUUAUGUGGCAUGUGUAAACAAGUGCAGCAAAGUACACAGCGAUGAAACUUUCUGCUUGCUGUGAGUCAUUGUUCUAAAAAUAAAUCAAAUAAGUAUAAAGGGACGUAGCCAAGGUUUGUACACAACCAUCAAUAAACAAAAUGUACAUUAAUGCCUGAUUUCAUAACUUUUCAUAACAUAUCAUUGCAAAAGGAUCCUACACUAUGUAACUGUACUUUCAGAUAUAAAUAAUUAGAUUUAUGCUCAAAUGCUUAUACAGUAUUCCAAUGUUUUCUGUGUCUUAGGACAUUUUUAUUAGCAAAACUAUUUGU